AUGGGGUGGGGGCGACGCACGGUGGAUGCCGAGGGUUGGUCCGAGCCCGUAGCUGCGCGGGGUGUGAGCGUCGAAGGCGUCGAUGGCAACGGCAACGGCAACGGCGACGAGGAUGCCUGCGCCUUGAUCGCGGUUAACGUGACCUUGCCGCUGACCCCGACAAUUCCCGCGUUGAUGGCGGAAGAGGGAUCGGCUGGUGGUGCCUUUGGCGAGCACUGGGCAGUCGGUGCGGGAUGGAGUUCUCAUUGA